CUUCCCUCUCCCUUUCCCAUCGUCUCCCUCCAUCCCCGGUCCUUUCUCAUUCUUUCUCUCUGCAUUUUCUUUUAUUUCUUCGUUCCUUCUUUCUUCUUUUACUAUCGCUGCUGUCGCUCGUUGCACUCUUUUACGACGACCCUGCCCCUCGUUCGACGCCUCUUUUUCCACUUCUUCCCGAACGGCAUCUAUUUCCCGAUCCCGUUGUUCCUUAAGCCUUUACACUUCUACCUUUUUUUUAUAAGAAAAAUCUAUUUUUUCUUCUUUUUUAAUCCCUCUAUCUUGCUAUCUAACAAGUCACUACAUGCUCUAUAUUUCUGUCCCUCAUCGACCCUCACCUUCAGCUUCUUUCUACCAUCCGCUGAAGCAUUGACACUGACUUGUUUGCAACGUCCCAUACCAUUAUUUCUUUCCUCGAGCUGCCUAGGCCAGCUGCUUCAUCUUCAUCUUCAUCGUCUUUGUCUUGUUUCUGUUUCUAUUCUUACCAGUCUGUCUUUUACGCCUCUGCGACACGCUUUGCCAUCUUCGCCUGCCACCAGCCAACUUCAGCUUUCGUAUGGUUGGGUCCGAUCUUUACACUACUCCGUUGACUUGUCAACACGCCUCCAUUCGUUUUUACUCGAUCCCUCCCUGAACCUGAUCCGACAUAUCUCGUUCCCGUCAUCCUUAAGUGAUUAUCGGCCGGGACUGUUACGAGCCGCGUUUCCUUUUUUCACACUCGCCAAUAACCGGUCGUCUCUUACAUCUCAGCGCGACUUGGAUCAGCAUCGCCCACAAUGCCGUCCUCAGACGUCCUUGCCCCGUCGACUAUGUCGACUGCAUCGACAACGACCACAGCGACCUCGUCCCCCAUUGUCUCGACUCCUUCCCCGUCUACCUCGAGUGCUGCAACCGCUCCCCCGACGUCUGCUCCGCGUCGCCCUCCUCGGAAGAGCGCGUUGACCCAGCAACAGAAGAAUAACAAGCGUCAACGCGCAACCCAGGAUCAAUUGGUCACCCUCGAACUGGAAUUUAACAAAAAUCCUACUCCUACGGCGGCUACCCGCGAGCGGAUUGCCCAGGAAAUCAACAUGACUGAGCGGUCGGUUCAAAUCUGGUUCCAGAAUAGACGUGCCAAGAUCAAGAUGCUCGCAAAGAAGAGUAUUGAGACCGGCGAGGGCUGUGAUGCCAUCCCCGAGUCGAUGCGUCAGUACCUGGCCAUGUAUUUUGAUCCGAAUAAGCCUGGCCUACGAGACUCCUUUGGCCGCACGGCUGGCUAUGCGGUGAGCGGGGUAUACCCGAAUGAGUCUUCUUCGUCCGGCAAAGUUGUUAUCAACCACUUCACUUGUCGUUCCUUGACCAUUGGUAGUUGGCGACGCAUUGGACAAAACUCGAUGGAUCUAGUGAUCUUUUACUCUCCCGACAAGGCUUGCAUGACUUACUAUAUCAACAAUGACUCGGCCGGCUACAAGAUCGAGUAUCCGUUUUCAUACAUCAAAAACAUCACUCUGGUCUCGGGCGACCAGAAUCCCCAGCCGACCGGUGCACCCACCCGGCCGGCAGGUGUUGUGGUCGAAUUGAACCGGCCUCCUCUCUUCUACAUGGACUCGUCCAACUCUGGCGGCUUCUACCAGUGCGGCGACUUCACCGAAGAUCAACAAGCAAGCCAAAUCCUAGUCCAUCACCUUGGCGGUCAUCCCAAGGUUCUAGGCAUUCAAUUGUCCAAACUCGUGUCUUUGGAAGCAUUUCAAAACCGCUUCACGUACAACAACUUUGCUGCGAUGCCCCCACCAGUAUCCCCCCCUUUUAUCCCACGUCCCGCGUCUCAACCAAACCAUUUCGCUCCAGCCUUCAUAAAUCCAUACCAGGAAUCCCGUCUGGGUAUGGAUAUGCACGGACCUCGCGGGCACAAGCGUCAAAGGAGCCGUUCGGUCCCCGUGGCAAUUGAUUUCUCUACGAUGCAGGCGCUAUACCCACAGUAUAAUGUGCAACAGCCUCCUGCGCAUUUCAAUACUGACUCGGGAAUUUUUGCACCCAUCCCGCAGUCAACUCAUGCCCUUGCUACGCCCUUACGGGUGGACACGUCGGCUUCAUUUGGCCUAGAUCUCCAAGGGUACCCCAUGUCUGCCCCUGCCACUGGAUCUCCAACGGAAUUCGCUAGUCCAUCCAUGUUCACAACAGGGGCGCCAGGUGAUGUGACGCCCGUUGCCCCAAGUGUGGGAAAUCCAUUCAAUAUGUCGUACGUCUCCGCAGCUAUUGAUACGUCGGACAUGUCCGCCCAUGCCUCGUCUCCUUACGCUAUGACCCCGGUGGACCCCAUGAUUGCGAACCAUUCUCCUCCCCUAUCGGCAAUGCACCACCAAACCCCUCCUGACAUGUUCGCAGCUGGUCCGGAGCAGCAACAAUCUCUCCCAGACGACGGAACGGUCAUGUUCGCCAAGCACAACGUCAAUUAUCCUGUCCCACCGGCGAUGGGGAUUGAGGCUACCAGUUUCGACUUGCCUAUUCAUAACCUUCCAGGUUCCGCAUCACCCAGUGUCCAUGGCGAUUUCCCAACCGUGACAGCCUUGGACAAUGUUGACCCCAGUGCUUUGGCUCACGGUUCGUGAGCGCAUCUCUUCUUUCAUGACGCUGGGGUUCGAUUCUUUUUGGUGUUUCCGCCUCUCGCGGACUCUCUUCUCAAUCUUCGUCACUGCCAAAGCUCUAUGCACUUUCCUUUGGCAAUUGGGUAUCUGGUCGUAUUGGUGGUCUCCACUGAAAAAAAAAAACACCAGAUAUAUAUUGCAAUGUCGCUGUGUUGGUGUCACGCUUAUAUCAAGGGCUGUCAAUUGGGGGAGAUAGCUCUUGUCGGUAGUGCUGCAAGCCUUCUGAAUGGCCCGCUAUUUUGCGGCAAGGGGGCCUCAAUUACCUGGAGUUGGAUUCAGCUCGCCAGGUCAUUAUAUCUAUUUUGACAUAUGUCGCUUUUUGUUUGUCUAUAUUAAUAGCGUUAUUUCCUUUUCCUUUUUUUCUUUUUCUUUUUCUUUUUCUUUUUUUUUUGUUUGUUUUAUUCUAUUCCGAGGCGGGUCCUAAUACUUUUUGGAUUUUCUUCUUCCCAUGCCCGGUUGCUCAGGUUGAACCUCUUUAUCUCUUCGUUUAAUCCCGACUUAAUUUUCAUUUCUUAUUUUCAUUUACCGGUCGGGUCGUUCUCACGUGUUUAUGCCAUACAAAGUCAGAUUGGGACGGAGACUUGGGUCCCUUUUCAUUACUUUUUCUUUCUUCGGGUUGGUUGGUUCGGAAAUGUUCGCAUAUAUUUCUGUGAUGAUCACUUUUUGAGUUUUUGUCCUAUGGCUAGCAUCCUUGACACUGGCUUUUAUAUGCUGCGUGAAGAAUCUCCUGGAGACUCUGUCCCUGGGCCCGUGGUACUUGGGACUGAAUCAAGACCUUUCUGGCCAAGAUGUCAUAAGGGUCUGAUGGAUUUCCGAUGCAGGCGCGUUGAGUGUUCAUAGGGAAACUAGCACAUAGGAUCAAAGCUGGAACAACUAGGUUUCAUUUCUCUUGAAGCAUACCUUGUCCUUUAUUCUGGUGCCGCGUAGAUGUUGCAACGGCUUAGCUCUCGUAUAUGUUGGUGGAUAUGUGUCUAUCCACAUAGAAUAUCAAGUUCAUAUGUACUCCAAGACACAUGCUCAUUGUACAUGGUAACUCUUCUGCAUGCAGCACUGUAUUGCACUCCAUCUCUCACCAAAAGCGGCUGAACUCAGUUCUACCUGGCCUCCCAACCCCUGGGUGCAGGAGCCCUCAAUCCCCUGUCAAUCCUCAGAUACCUCUCCAUCCACACCUCCAUCUUCUCCAGCAAAUUCCUCCUCCUUAUCCCUUCCUCCCCCAAAAACCCCCUCGGAACACCAAACACUCCACGCCCCCAUCUCCGACGCCAUAACGACAUCCGUCCCCAACCGAUCCCCAACAACAGCAAUCUCCUCGGGCCCCUUGACGACCCGUCUGUCCUGGAACCACUUUACAACCUCCUCACCGCAGAAGGGCUUCUUCCUUGCCCCCUCGGGAAGUCUGAAGACGGGAAUGCGCAGCGGCGCGAGCUGCGUCUCGAUGGAUUGAAUCUCCGCGUCGUACGCAGGGUGGCUUCCGGCGCGGUUGGAGACGAUUAGGAUGCCAUUCGGGUUUGUGUCCUUGUUGAAGGGGGAGGUUGGGGAGGUGCGGAGAGAGGUUAGUUUCGAGAGGAUUUGGGGGGGAAGGUAGUUGUUUUGGGGGGGCAGAGGGUGUUGUCUUUGUCGAGGACCAAGGCGGUUAUUGUUAUUGGGGUUUGUGUUUGUGUUUGUAAUUGUUCGGGUUGUUUCUUCUCCGUUGGUUGUUGUUGUGGUGGUGGUGGUGCAAUUGUUUGUUGGAGAUGAGGGCCGAGUUGUUCGGGGAGAUGCGUGAAGGUUGGGAUGGUGAGGUGUGGGAGGAACUGGGAGGGGUUUUUGAGGAGGAUUUGGACGGCAUGAGUGAAGCCUUGGAUAUUUGUGUUUGCUCUGUGCAUUUUUUAUAUGAAUAUGUGUAUGUUCUG